CCAAUGAUAGUUCACUUACGUGCUUACGUCACACAGAGCGACAACAUUUCCAAGAUGGUGCUUGAGAGUACUAUGGUCUGUGUGGACAACAGUGAAUAUAUGCGCAAUGGAGACUUCUUACCUACCAGACUUCAGGCCCAGCAGGACGCUGUCAACAUCAUCUGCCAUUCAAAGACUCGAAGUAACCCAGAAAACAACGUGGGGCUCAUCACUCUGGCCAAUAACUGUGAGGUCCUGACCACGCUGACCCCUGACACGGGCAGGAUCCUGUCAAAGCUUCACGCUGUCCAGCCCAGAGGAGUCAUCAGCUUCUGUACUGGCAUCAGAGUAGCACAUCCUUAUAUCAUCUGGACAUUUUUUGUUAUGAUCUAUUUGAAUGUGAAAUGUGUGUUUGUGGGAAGCCCUGUGGAGGACCAGGAGAAAGAUUUGGUGAAGAUGGCAAAACGUUUGAAGAAGGAAAAAGUCAGUGUUGACAUCAUUAACUUUGGAGAAGAGGAGGUCAACACGGAUAAGCUGACCAUGUUUGUGAACACCCUAAAUGGAAAAGAGGGCGUAGGCUCUCACCUGGUAACGGUGCCUCCUGGCCCAAGCCUGGCAGAUGCUCUUCUGUCCUCUCCUGUCAUGGCUGGUGAGGGUGGCACCAUUAUGGGCCUGGGUGCCAGUGACUUUGAGUUUGGAGUUGAUCCCAGCGCAGACCCUGAGCUCUCUGAAAAUGCCCUGCUGAAGAUGUCGACAGCUCCUGCUCUGCCUGAUUUCAGCCGCAUGACAGAGGAUGAACAGAUCGCAUACGCCCUACAGAUGUCCAUGCAAGGAGGAGAGUUUGGCAGUUCAGAGGCCAUGGAUGUGGACACAGGUGCAGCAGCAGACAGUGAAGCUCCUAAGGAGGAUGAGGAGGAUUAUGAUGUGAUGCAGGAUCCAGAGUUUUUGCAGAGUGUGCUGGAGAACCUUCCAGGUGUCGACCCCAACAAUGAAGCCAUCCGUAAUGCCAUGGGCUCUCUGGCGUCCCAGAACAGAACAAAACCACCUGAGGGCAAGAAAGAUGAUGAGAAGAAAUAGAGGAAUAAGAUGUGUCUGGACUGACAGAGGACAAGGGCAAAUACAACUGAUGAAAGGUUUCCUACUGGAUUAUGGAUAGAAAUGAACACCGAAUUCAUAUAUGAU